AUGCCCUUCAAUCCGUUUACGGCUGUGACAGGACGCCAUGCACUGACGCUGUUUGACAUUCGCCUCGAAAAUGACUUCAUCGUGUUCCGAGGCAACGAGCAUGAGGCCGGCGGCCAGCUGCUCAAGGGCGUCCUCGCCAUCUGCGUCCCGACCUCCUUCAAGAUCGACGACAUCCACUUGCGCUUAACCGGCACCCAGCGCCUCGUCUGGAGCGACCCCAAAGUCACGCCCUCCGGCCUCACCUCCUCCAAGAUCGACCGCACAAGCAACAUCCUGACCCACCAAUGGCCGUCCUUCAAGGGCACCCCCGGCAAGACCACCGUCCUCGAAAAAGGCAACCAUGAGUUUCCCUUUGAGCUCAUGCUGCCCGGCGACACCUGCGAGAGCGUCGAGGGCCUGCACGAGGCCAGCAUCACCUACAAGCUCAAGGCCACCAUUGUCCGCGGCAAGCUCGCCUACGACCUGCACACCUACAAGCACGUCCGCAUCGUCCGCACGCUCGAGUCGUCCGCUCUCGAGUUCUUGCACGCCAUGAGCGUCGAGAACAUCUGGCCGAACAAGGUCGAGUACUCCAUCGUCGUACCACAAAAGGCCGUUGUCUUUGGCAGCCACAUCCCGCUCGAGUGUCGCUUCACGCCGCUUCUCAAGGGCCUCGAGCUCGGCGACAUCACCGUCCGGCUCGUGGAGAUCCACGAGUUUGUGGCCACACCGCCGUCCGGCAGCAGCAGCAGCUACCACGCCCACACGCGCGAGUUCAAGAACGAGAAGCUGGUGCAAAGCUGGACGGUCGGCGUCAACCGAGACGAGCACUGGCAGGACAUGAUCGAGGACACCGGCCAGGAAGGCUGGGUCGUCAACACCUCGCUUGACCUGCCCCGCAAGCUGGGACGGUGCAUCCAGGACGUCAACGUUCAUGGCAUCAAGGUGCGCCAUAAGCUCAAGAUGGUUGUGGCCCUCAAGAACCCGGACGGCCACGUCUCGGAGCUGCGCGCCACGCUCCCUCUCACCAUCUUCAUCUCGCCUAACAUCCCGCUCGACGAGCAGGGCAACCUGACCGCCCCGACCGGCUCGGCCACCACCAACGCCACCAACCUCAGCACCAUUGCACCUCCCGGGUACGGUGAGCACAUUCUGGACCAGCUCUACGACGAGGUGGACGUCCACAACCUGCAGACCCCCGCGCCCAUGUCGGCUAUACAGAGCCCCAUGUACGGGAUGUCGCGCGCUGGUUCCAGCGAGAACCUGGCGUCCAUGCACAACCCCAGCAUCCCCGUCCACCCAGCCGCACUCACCUCGCGCCUGCAGGACGUUUCGGCCCGCGAAGUUGCCUUCCGCCGCAACAACAGCUCUUCCAUCCUCACGCCACCCGGCUCGUCCUCGGACAUGACCACGCCCUUCACGCCCAUGCACCUGCCUCACGCUUUCAUGCAGCGAUCACACUCCUAUGCGGCCGACCUCGGCGGCCUCGCCAACGGCACCAAUGGCCACAGCAGCGCCCCCACCAGCGGCACGGCUAGUGGCAACCACAGCCACCCGCAGUCCGAGGCCGCGUCGCGGCGCAACAGCGGCGAGUCGCGGCACAGCACGGGCAACAACAGCGAGCAGAGUGAGCCCAGCGGCCCCGAGCAUAUUGACUUUGCCGACCUGCAGGAGCUCAACAAGGUGCCGUCGUACGCCACGGCCAUCAAGACCUCGCGCGUGAACAAGAUCACUGUCGGCGGCGACGCCGAGCUGCCCGACUACCGCACCGCCGCGUCGCGACCUGCCGUGCCGCGCACUUUGUCGACAGCGUCGACAGCGUCUCUGCCGGCCAACUUGCCAAGCAGCAGCAACAACAACGGCAGCAGCAGUACCAGCAACAACAACAGCGCCAGCGGGCUUGCUCUCAGCUCGGGACUGACCAGUGAGCCUCUGUCGCUCAUUGCGGAGGCACCGCAAGAGUCUGCAGGUGCAUUCGACGACGUGACGGGCGCACCCGCCAGUCGCGCCAGCAGCAACGACCACAACAGCGGCGCCAGCGACAACGGAGACGGUAUUACCAUUGCACGCCCACCGCGCCUGCAUCAGCGCAGCCGAACCGCCGGCUACCAUCCAGAGCAGAUGUCGACCUCCCCUGGUUCGGGCCCCGGCGCUGGCUCAGGCACGGGGUCGUCGGGCCGUCGCCGGCCUUUGUCUGGCAGUGUGUCGUUUCUCCACACCCGGCACAGCCAGUCACCGAGCGGUGAUUCUGACGAGCGCGGCUGGCUGCAGCUAUUGCAGGCACGCGGCCGGGUUGCCACCUAG